AUGGCCCCUGAUCCUGACUGCCUUGAAGGGCUGCUGUCUGUGCCGCUGCCGUCACUGUCUCACGUCGGCUUCUGGGGCUACGUCGGCUUUGCGCCGGUGCUCAGCGCAGUACAGCCGAUGCUGUACCAAGACGGGCAGCCUGACAACCGGGGUGAGGAACCCCGCGGGGCUCGGAUGUCUGACGGCCCUCCUGGGGCGCCUGCCCGCUGUGUGCUGCACUGCAACCGCAGCCAGUGCCCGGCCGAGUGCGACCCGCACAGCCUGUCCUGCGAGUGCCCUGAGGGCUUCUUGCUGGAUGAUGAUGCCGAUGGCAGGCAGGUCUGUGUGGACAUCGACGAGUGCGACAUGAACUUCUGCCAGCACAACUGCACCAACCACCCCGGUGGCUACGAGUGCCACUGCCAUGCGGGCUACCAGCUCCUCGACAAGAACCACUGUGUCAAAAUCCCGGAGGAGGAUGGGGAGGGAGCGUACUCGGGGGAUUUCGGGCCAGGACCCCAGACUCCCAUCCCCAGCCGGACCCCGCCGAAGGCAGAGCACCUCCACCCUGGCGCACUGGUGGGCAUCACCGUGGGCGUCCUCUCUGCGGCCCUGGCCCUGCUGGCCCUGGGGUACCACCUGGCAAAGAAGCGCUGCAAGUCGCCCGCCAGCAUGGAUUACAAGUGCAGCAGCCCCCAUGAAAAGGAGAUGGGACUUCAGCCGGUCGCCUCGGGGUGUGCCACCUCCGGCCAGAAACUGUAG